AUGUCCCGAAAUUUUUUUGCAGUAAUAUCACUACUACUGCAACUAUUUCAAAUUCUAAAUGUUCACUGUUUGAGUUAUAUAUUUCGUCGCGCAAAUGUCCUAGAAAAAGCGCAAUAUUGGGAAAAUAAUAUCAGUCCAUGCGAAAAUGAUCAAAUUCAUUUCGAUAAAGGAGAAAUUACUGUAGCAUUGAUUGCCGAUGGCUUGCAUUCGCAAAAAAUUGAUCUUCCGAAUAAUGGAAUUUUAUUUUUUGGUAAAAGGACGGAAUUGGGAAAGCCCGGCAACUGGCAAUGUAAGAGAAGGCGAAAUGCUGAGGAAGUAUAUUUCAAACAAAGUCCAUCAUUGGGUUUCUAUAACGGAUCAAAUUGGUUGGUGUCUAAGGAUGGGAUUCUAUGGCGGCCAGCAUUGCAUGUCCUUCAGGUACCAUCAUCUCAGGAUACUGCGAUAAUUCCAUCAGAUAGUGGUGCCAGAAUAUUGCUGGAAGAUUUUGUUACAAUUGGUGCAUUAAUAUUAGCUGGUCAGAAAAUAAAUUUCAACACCAAAGAUAUCAUGGAAAUGAAAUAUGAUGAAAUGUCAACUUUGUCCUCAUUUCUCUUAUCCAUUCAACACCUUGGAUGGUUGAUGUAG